AUGAUUACAGGUGCCAUCGUAAUCUUCAUAGUGGGUAGUGCGGUGGCAGGCGCAGCACAAAACAUCGGAAUGAUGCUCUCAGGGCGCACUAUCCAAGGUAUUGGUGGAGGAGGCAUUGCCACGAUGUCAGAGAUAGUUAUCUGCGACAUGGUGACCCAUCAUCGGCGGCGGCUUUGCGCAAAACGUCUCCUGGCGCUGGAUCUUCUCAUCAACUUGCCCAUAUCUGGGCUAGCGCUGGUCCUGAUUAUAACGCUGUUAAGGCUUCAUAACCCGCGCGGUAGCACUAGUUUGAAGGCCCGGGUGCUGAGCGUGGACUGGGUUGGAAACACUAUACUUACAUUGGGCGUCACCUCCAUUUUGCUUUCGCUCACAUGGGCCGGCACAAAACAUCCGUGGUCGUCAUGGCAAACGAUUCUUCCCCUGGCUCUCGGCGCUAUUGGACUGGGUGUUUUCCUGGUAUAUGAAGCCAACCCUUGGGUCGGAGAACCCACGAUGCCUAUUCGUCUCUUUACCAAACGCACGUCUGCCGCCCUCUUCGCUAUAAGUUUCAUUCAUAGCAUGAUGCUCUUCUGGGUCUGUUAUUUCAUGCCGGUGUAUUUCCAGGCAGUGCUUGAUGCCUCGCCCACCCGAUCAGCCGUCAUGCUCUUCCCCAUCGCGACCACCACAUAG